CAAUAUACUCGACUAAUAAAGAUGCUAAUUUAUUAUUUAAUAAUAUGUGCUUUAAAAUUCGCGAAAGGGGAGCCGAAUUUCGUUUUGAUUCUCACCGAUGAUCAGGAUUUGUUAUUAAACGGUAUGGUACCGAUGACAAAAACCGUGCAAUUAGUAGCCAACAAUGGAAAAACGUUUCAAAACGCUUACGUUAACACGCCUUUGUGCUGCCCCAGCCGAAGCACCAUCCUCACCGGGCAAUACAUUCACAACACCGGAGUCUCCAACAAUUCCCUGGAAGGCAACUGCUCCAGCGCCGCCUGGCAGGAAAAUCUCGAACCCUUUUCCAUAGCUUCUCUUUUGAAGAAAAACAAGAACUACGUGAAUUUCUACGCCGGGAAAUACAUGAACCAGUAUGGUUCAGAGGCAGCAGGAGGACUACACCACGUUCCUGAAGGUUACGAUUGGUGGAUAGGACUGAAAGGAAACUCGAAAUACUACAACUAUACGCUCUCUAUUAAUGGUACAUCGAGGCACUUUUCUGGCGACUAUUUAACGGACGUUUUGGCUCGAUAUUCUUUGAAUUUUCUGGAUAACAAACCUGGAAACAGACCGUUUUUCAUGACAAUAGCCACCCCGGCCCCGCACGCUCCUUUCACUCCGGCCGAAAGGCACAAAAACGUAUUUAAAAACGCCACAGCACCGAGAACCCCGUCUUUCAAUCACUCUUCCUCCAACAAACAUUGGCUGGUGCACAUGCCGCCUGAAUUCCUACCCACCGAUGCCAGGAUUCUGGAUAACGUCCAGCAACUUCGCUUGGAGUCUCUGCUAGCUGUGGACGAAUUAGUGGAUAAAGUAGUAGAGAAACUAAAGUCUCUAAGUCUCUUCGAAGACACCUACGUUAUUUACAUGUCUGAUAACGGGUUUCACAUAGGGCAAUUCGGUCAACCUUGGGAUAAACGGCAACCGUACGAGACCGAUUUAAGAAUUCCUUUGAUAAUCAGCGGGCCAAAUAUAAGCAAAAAAUCGCUGGAGGAAUUUCCUGUUAGCGCCGCUGAUAUAGCUCCUACUGUACUAGAUAUAGCGGGAGUGCCGAUUCCUGCUAACAUCGACGGCAGGAGCUUCAAGGAAAGGUUGUUUUCCAGCAGAAAAAAGCUUUAUAACGAGCGAAUUUUCAUCGAAUAUCGAGGAGAAGCGAACGCGAAGUCUAUAGACGAUGAUUGCCCGUGGAAAUACGACAAACAUCUAAGCGAAUGCAGCGUGCAACAGUGGUGCAAAUGCCAGGACUCCAGAAAUAACACUUACGCGUGCGUUUUGGAGUUGAGCGACGUUGGAAAAUUCAAAUUUUGCGAAUUCUACGACGAGAAACACACUUACGAAGCGUACGAUUUGAUUACCGAUCCGUACGAAUUGAAUAACGUCGUGAACGAUUUAAAUUCAACUUCGUUGAUGAGUUAUAAGGGGAUUAUGAGGAAGUUUCGAACUUGUACUGGUAGAAAUUGUAGGAAAAUUAGUCGAAAAUCGAGUUUGUGAGACCAUUUUUUGUUAAAAUUAUAAUAUGUAUUAUAUUCUAUUAUAGAAGUAGGCUACUUUUUUACCCUAAUCAAUCGUUUAUAGAAUUGCUUUAAUAACUUUUUGAAAAAAUAGGUACUCGACUUUGCCUCAAAGUUAGGCAACACUCAUCACUAGUUUUCCAGUUGCCAUAUUUUCCAUCCAUUCGACAAGAAAUUGCUGAUACUUCGUGG